AUGAAUGACGACGUCGUGUACGCGUCCAUUCUGACACGUAUGGGGCACUCGGAACUACAAGAACAGAUAAAUAAAGUGGUGGAGAAGGAGUUGACGUCACUUGACCUUCAUGUGCGUCAUGCGUCGUCGUCUUUAAUGGCAUUACGCCAGUUACAAGCAGCUGCGGGACAUUUGCGACCGAGUGGUGAUUGGCUGCCCAGGAUGUUAUCGAUACAAUUACAAAACAUUAUAGAUAUACAGUGUCAAUUCGAUACAAUGAUGAACGAUAUAGAGAUAAAUAGGAAGACAAAGAAGAGAAAGCGGCCAAUGAUGAGAAGGACAAUUGAGAAGAAGGACAAGGAUGAGAUUGUUAUUGGAGACGAAGAGAAAACCAGUUCUGUGGACAGAAAGAUGAAAGUUGAGAGAAUCGAGGAGGUGAAUAAUGAUGUUGUCGAGGUUGUGGAGAGAGACAAGAGUGAAGGGCAGGACAAUGAGGAGUCGAAUGUCGAGGAAUUGCAGAUAGAAUCAGUUGGUGAGAUGACAGAGAUGGAGAGAGCAAUGGAGUAUAGUGAAGAGGACAAUAAUGUUAAAAGUGAAACAGUUGACAUGCAGCAGGAGCAUGAUGACGAAACGAAUGUGAUGAGCUUAGAGAUAGUGACGGCUGAUGAGGGAAUGGCAGGAGUGGAGAAUGUGGAGCUGGAGAUUCCAGCGGGUUGUGGGGAUAAGAAGCUAGAUGAUAUGAAAAGUGAAAGUGACAAAUUGUUAAAUGGAUUAUUGAGCAGACCGCUCGAUGCAAUUGGGCAUAUGAAGGAUGAGCCGGUGACGUUUGAUGAUGUACAGGCUUUGUGUAACGACGAAGGACGCAUCUGUAAAAACGUUGAAGCAGCAACCAAAAUUAUGGAAUCUCCUCUCAAGUUGGAGGUAAAAGACUCGUUGGGCAUAAUUGCGGUCAAGUUGGAAGUGCCAGAAUUGACAGAGUUGGCGCUAGAGCUGGAAGUGCCCGAUUCCGAUACUGAUGACGAGUUCUCGCCGAUUCAAGAGUUAGUAGCUAAACUCCAGAAGGUGAAGGGUUCUACUCAGCUGGUCAGAUUUCCAGCGGCUGUGGAUCAACUGCGCACUUAUUUGUUUGAUCGUAAAUACCUGACCGUCACCGGCGAGGUAGACGGAUAUUUAUUUGCGCACAAGCACAUUACAGAUGAGGAAGCCAACGUGAUUGGACAUACGAUCGAGAAGAUUAUCUCCGUGGCCAUUAAUCUGCCAAAAAGGGCAACGAUCAAGUUUGCGUUGUACGACUUGCUUGCGACCGUUGAACAGCUCGAGCUUACGCUAGGUGAGCUGCCAGAGUUUUUACGCCUGUAA